AUGGCCGAGGGAGGCGAAGGCGAGGAUGAGAUCCAGUUCCUGCGGACUGAUGAUGAGGUGGUCCUACAGUGCACCGCUACAAUCCACAAGGAGCAACAGAAACUCUGUCUGGCUGCUGAAGGCUUCGGAAACAGACUCUGCUUCCUUGAAUCCAUCUCAAACUCCAAGAAUGUGCCUCCAGACCUGUCCAUCUGCACCUUUGUCCUGGAGCAGUCACUGUCAGUACGAGCCCUGCAGGAGAUGCUGGCCAACACAGAGGAGAAGGCUGACGGGACGGCCCAGGGUGGCGGCCAUCGCACCUUACUGUAUGGACACGCUGUCCUGCUGCGACACUCCUACAGUGGAAUGUACCUAUGCUGUCUGUCAACCUCCCGCUCAUCCACAGACAAACUGGCUUUUGAUGUGGGACUGCAGGAAGAUACCACAGGCGAGGCUUGCUGGUGGACCAUCCAUCCAGCAUCAAAGCAGCGCUCAGAGGGAGAGAAGGUCAGAGUGGGAGAUGAUCUCAUCCUCGUCAGCAUCUCCUCUGAAAGAUAUCUGCAUCUGUCCUAUGGUAAUGGCAGUCUCCAUGUAGACGCAGCCUUCCAGCAGACUCUGUGGAGCGUGGCUCCCAUCUGCUCUGGCAGUGAAGUAGCACAAGGUUUCCUGAUAGGAGGGGACGUCCUACGCCUCCUUCACGGUCACAUGGACGAGUGUCUCACAGUUCCAUCUGGGGAACAUGGAGAUGAGCAGAGGAGGACAGUGCACUAUGAGGGGGGAGCAGUGUCCAGUCAUGCCAGGUCCCUAUGGAGGCUGGAGACUCUGCGGGUUGUGUGGAGUGGGAGUCACAUCCGCUGGGGCCAGCCAUUCAGACUGAGACAUGUGACGACAGGAAAGUAUCUGAGUCUGAUAGAAGACAAGUCCCUGCUGCUGAUGGACAAGGAGCAGGCUGAUGUCAAGUCUACAGCCUUCUGCUUCAGAUCGUCAAAGGAAAAGCUGGACCCCGGUGUGAAGAAGGAGGUGGAUGGGAUGGGUGUUCCUGACAUCAAAUAUGGUGACUCUGUGUGUUACAUCCAACACGUUGACACCUACCUGUGGCUCACCUACCAGACUGUUGAUGCCAAGUGUGCACGCAUGGGUGGAGUUCAGAGAAAGGCCAUCAUGCACCAUGAGGGUCACAUGGACGACGGGCUGACGCUAUCUCGGUCGCAACAUGAGGAGAGUCGCACUGCCAGAGUCAUCCGUAGCACUGUCUUUCUGUUCAAUCUCUUCAUCAGGGGUCUGGACACACUGAGGAGAAAGGGGAGGAGUUCUACUUUAGAUCUACCAAUAGAUUCAGUCAGCCUGAGUCUGCAGGAUCUGAUUGGCUACUUCCAACCACCUGGAGAUCACCUGGAACACGAAGACAAGCAGAACCGGCUGAGAGCUCUGAAGAACCGACAGAACCUCUUUCAGGAGGAGGGGAUGAUCAGCCUGGUGCUGGAGUGUAUUGAUCGACUUCACGUCUACAGCAGUGCAGCUCAUUUUGCUGAGGCCGUAGGAAGGGAGGCAGGAGAGGCCUGGAGCUCCAUCCUCAACUCCCUCUACCAGCUCCUGGCUGCACUGAUCAGAGGAAACAGGAAGAACUGUGCCCAGUUUUCUGGUUCUCUGGACUGGCUGAUUAGCAGACUGGAGCGACUGGAGGCCUCCUCAGGCAUACUUGAGGUUCUUCACUGUGUGCUGGUGGAAAGUCCUGAGGCACUGAACAUAAUCAAGGAGGGACACAUCAAAUCUAUUAUAUCUCUACUGGACAAGCAUGGACGCAACCACAAGGUUCUGGAUGUGUUGUGUUCGCUAUGUGUGUGUCACGGGGUAGCAGUCCGCUCCAACCAGCACCUAAUCUGUGACAACCUGCUGCCAGGAAGAGAUCUACUACUGCAGACCCGCCUGAUCAACCACGUGAGCAGCAUGCGUCCAAACAUCUUCCUGGGGGUCAGUGAUGGCUCCGCUCAGUACAGGAAGUGGUACUAUGAGCUGAUCGUGGAUCAGGCGCUGCCAUUUGUCACAGCAGAGGCCACUCACCUCAGGGUGGGCUGGGCCAGCACCAGUGGCUAUGCACCCUACCCCAGUGGAGGGGAGGGAUGGGGAGGCAACGGGGUGGGUGAUGACCUCUACUCCUACGGCUUUGAUGGACUUCAUCUCUGGUCAGGCUGUAUUGCGCGCACCGUCACCUCCCCCAACCAGCAUGUGCUGAGGUCAGAGGAUGUGGUGAGCUGCUGCCUGGACCUCAGUGUGCCCAGCAUCUCCUUCAGGAUCAACGGUCAGCCGGUUCAGGGCAUGUUUGAGAACUUCAACUCUGACGGCCUCUUCUUCCCUGUGGCCAGCUUCUCUGCCGGGGUCAAGGUGCGUUUUCUCCUCGGGGGUCGUCAUGGGGAGUUUAAGUUUCUCCCCCCUCCUGGCUAUGCUCCUUGCUAUGAGGCAGUGUUGCCCAGGGACAAACUGAAGCUGGAGGCCAGUCAGGACCAGACUGCAGCCAGAGACCUCCUGGGACCCACCGUCACAUUGAGCCAGGCAGCAUUCACCCCGAUACCUGUGGACACCAGCCAGAUUGUGCUGCCUCCUCACCUGGAGAGGAUCAGAGAGAAGCUUGCAGAAAACAUCCAUGAACUGUGGGUGAUGAACAAGAUAGAUCUGGGUUGGACCUAUGGUGCUGUGCGAGAUGAUAACAAGCGGCAACACCCCUGUCUGGUGGAGUUCUCCAAGCUUCCCGAACAGGAACGAAGUUACAACCUACAGAUGUCUCUGGAGACACUCAAAACCCUCCUGGCUUUGGGUUGCCAUGUUGGCCUAGCAGAUGAACAUGCUGUAGAGAAAGUCAAGAGCAUGAAACUGUCCCCAACCUAUGAGUUGUCCGGUGGUUAUAAACCUGCUCCUCUGGACCUGGGUCACAUCAAACUGACCUCCACCCAGGAAGCCAUGGUGGACAAACUGGCUGAGAAUGCACACAACGUCUGGGCAAGAGACCGCAUCCAGCAGGGCUGGACCUAUGGCAUCCAACAGGAUGUGAAGAGUCGUAGAAAUCCCCGUCUGGUCCCCUACAUGCUGCUGGACGAGAGAACCAAGAAGUCCAACAAGGACAGUCUGAGAGAGGCUGUCAGGACUCUUCUUGGAUAUGGAUACAACCUGGAAGCUCCUGACCAGGACCAUGCAGCUCAGUCUGACCUGAACAACAUGUCUGCUGAGAGGUUCCGCAUCUUCAGAGCAGAGAAAACCUACUGUGUCAAUGCUGGGAAGUGGUACUUUGAGCUGGAGGUACUGACAGCAGGAGAGAUGAGGGUGGGCUGGGCCAGGCCAGGAUGCCUCCCAGACCAGGAGCUGGGAUCCGACGACCAGGCCUUUGUCUUUGACGGCUUCAAGGUCCAGCGCUGGCACCAGGGCAACGAGCACUUUGGGCGUGCCUGGCAGACGGGGGACGUGGUGGGAUGCAUGGUGGAUCUGAACGAACACACCAUGAUGUUCACACUCAAUGGAGAAGUGCUGCUGGAUGAUUCCGGCUCUGAACUGGCAUUCAAGGACUUUGAAGCUGUUGAAGGUUUUAUCCCUGUGUGCAGUCUGGGUGUGUGUCAGGUGGGGAUGAUGAACUUCGGUAAAGACGUCAGCACUCUGAAGUACUUCACCAUCUGCGGCCUGCAGGAAGGCUACGAGCCGUUUGCUGUCAACAUGAACCGAGAUGUGACAAUGUGGCUCAGCAAGAGGCUCCCUCAGUUUGUACCCGUCCCUCCCAACCACCAGCACAUAGAGGUGGCGAGGAUAGAUGGAACAGUGGAGAUUUGUCCGUGCCUAAAGGUCACCCAGAGGUCAUUUGGCUCACAGAACAGUUACACUGACAUCACCUUCUACAGACUGAGUAUGCCCAUAGAGUGUGCAGAGUCCUUCUCCAGAUCCCGGAGCAAUGGCAGCCUCUUCUCACCCAAGAGUGUGGUGUGUUCACUGUCUGUUCUGCAGGAGCUGGAGGACUUUGAAACCGUAUCCGACUUUGAGGUCCUGAUGAAGUCGUCUCAUGGUCACAAUGGUCCCAACGGGCCCGAGAGAGACGAAUUCAACAACCACAAGGACUUCAACCAGGAGAAACCAUCCAAGCUCAAACAACGGUUCAUGUUGAAGAGGAACAAACCGGACAACAGCUGCCCGUCAUCUGCUCGGCUGUCAGAGGAAGUGAUGGCUGAUGACCGAGAUGACUACGAGUUCCUCAUGCAAGCCUCCACUUACUACUACUCAGUGCGGAUCUUCCCUGGUCAAGAGCCCAGCAGUGUGUGGGUAGGCUGGGUAACCUCCGACUUCCAUCAGUACGACCCAGGGUUCGAGCUGCACAAUGUCCGAACUGUCACUGUUACGCUGGGAGACGAGAAAGGCAAGGUUCACGAGAGCAUAAAGCGCAGUAACUGUUACAUGGUCUGGGCCGGAGAGAGCAGCAGUCCUGGCCAGGGGAGGAACAACAACGGCUUAGAGAUUGGCUGUCUAGUCGACACAACAAAUGGUCUCCUGACCUUCACUGCCAACGGCAAAGAACUCACCACUUAUUAUCAGGUGGAGCCCAGCACUAAGCUGUUCCCUGCAGUCUUCGCCAAGGCCACCAGCCCCAAUGUCUUCCAGUUUGAACUGGGGCGAAUAAAGAAUGUGAUGCCUCUGUCAGCGGGUCUGUUCAAGAGUGAGAAGAAGAACGCAGUCCCUCAGUGUCCUCCUCGGCUUCACGUCCAGUUUCUCACCCCUGUUUUAUGGAGUCGUGUUCCCAACCACUUCCUCAAGGUGUCAGCAUCCAGAGUGAACGACAGACAUGGCUGGUUGGUCCAGUGUAAAGAACCUCUGCAGUUCAUGUCACUGCACAUACCCGAGGAGAACAGAUCGAUGGAUAUCCUGGAGCUGUCCGAGCAGAGGGACUUAUUAAAGUUUCACUACCAUACCCUCAGACUGUACUCUGCAAUCUGUGCUCUGGGAAACAACCGGGUGGCCCAUGCACUCUGCUCUCAUGUGGACGAAGCACAGCUCCUGCAGGCUAUAGAGAAUAAGUACAUGCCAGGUUUGCUUCGUGCCGGCUACUACGACAUCCUCAUUGACAUCCACCUGUGCAGCUACGCCACAGCUCGCCUCAUGAUGAACAAUGAGUACAUUGUUCCUAUGACGGACGAAACAAAGAGCAUCACCCUGUUCCCUGAUGAGGAGAAGAAACAUGGCCUUCCAGGCAUCGGCCUCAGCACCUCCCUGAGACCCAGAAUGCACUUCUCAUCGCCGAGUUUUGUCUGCGGGACCGGCUCACUGUAUUGUAACAACGGCAGCAGUGGCUCAGGAGACUGUUUCCAGUACAGCCCUGAAUUCCCCUUAGACAUACUGAAAAUUAAAACCAUUGAGAUGCUGACAGAGGCGGUGCGGGAGGGAAGCAUGCAUGUGCGUGAUCCAAUAGGGGGCAGCACCGAGUUCCUCUUUGUCCCCCUUAUCAAGCUCUUCUACACCAUGCUCAUCAUGGGAGUUUUCAAAAAUGGCGAUCUGAAGAACAUCCUCCACCUGAUCGAACCGUCUGUGUUCUCCGAAAGACGAGAGGGGCAGGAGGAGACUCACAAGGCCAGGAUGAAGGAGGUGGAGAAUGAAGGAGGGGAGGAUGGAGGGAGGAACAUGCCAAAAGAAGGACUGUUACAGAUGAAGCUGCCAGAGCCUGUAAAACUCCAGAUGUGCCACGUGCUGCAGUACCUGUGUGACUGCCAGGUGCGUCACCGUAUCGAGGCAGUGGUGGCCUUCUCUGAUGACUUCGUGGCCUGUCUCCAAGACAACCAGCGGUUUCGCUACAACGAGGUGAUGCUGGCGCUCAACAUGUCUGCAGCUCUCACCGCCAAGAAGACCAAAGAGUUCAGAUCACCUCCACAGGAGCAGAUCAACAUGCUGCUGAACUUUAAGGACGAGAAGCAGGAGUGUCCCUGUCCUGAAUACAUCCGAGAGCAGCUGCUCGACUUCCAUGAAGACCUGAUGAGACACUGUGGUAUAGAGUUGGAUGAGGACAGAGGGAUGCACAGUGACAGUGACUUCACCAUUCGAGGUCGACUGCUGUCGCUGGUGGAGAAAGUGGCCUAUCUGAAGAAGAGGAUGGCCAACCUGCCGAAGGAGAAACAAGACAGGAAGCCCAGUACGCUGCAGCAGCUGAUUUCAAAUACGAUGGUCCGCUGGGCUCAGGAGUCAGUUAUUGAGGAUCCAGAGCUGGUCAGAGCCAUGUUUGUUCUGCUGCACCGUCAGUAUGAUGGCAUCGGAGGACAGGUGCGGGCUCUUCCUAAGACCUACACUAUAAAUUCAGUGUCCAUCGAGGACACCAUCAACCUGUUGGCUGCCCUGGGUCAGAUCCGAUCUCUGCUGAGCGUCCGCAUGGGAAGAGAGGAGGAGAAACUUAUGAUCCGAGGGCUGGGUGAUAUCAUGAACAACAAGGUGUUUUACCAGCAUCCUAACCUGAUGAGAGCUCUGGGGAUGCACGAGACGGUCAUGGAGGUCAUGGUCAACGUGCUCAGUGGAGGAGACUCAAAGGAAAUAACCUUUCCUAAAAUGGUGGCCAACUGUUGUCGGUUCCUCUGUUAUUUCUGUCGAAUCAGUCGUCAGAACCAGAAGGCCAUGUUUGAUCAUCUCAGCUACCUGCUGGAGAACAGCAGCGUCGGACUCGCAUCUCCAUCCAUGCGAGGCUCUACUCCUCUCGAUGUGGCUGCAGCAUCCGUCAUGGAUAAUAAUGAGUUGGCCCUGGCUUUGAGAGAACCAGACCUGGAGAAGGUGGUGCAGUACCUGGCCGGCUGUGGGCUGCAGAGCUGUGUGAUGCUGGUGCGUAAAGGAUACCCCGACAUCGGCUGGAACCCUGUGGAGGGGGAACGCUACCUCGACUUUCUGCGCUUUGCUGUCUUCUGCAACGGCGAAAGCGUGGAGGAGAAUGCCAACGUUGUGGUGAGGCUUCUGAUUCGCCGACCAGAAUGUUUUGGCCCUGCUCUUCGGGGUGAGGGUGGUGAUGGAUUGUUGUCAGUGAUGGAGGAAGCCAUUAAGAUCUCCCAGGAUUCCUCCAGGGACGGUCCCUCUCCCACAUCUGAGAGCAGCAAAUCUGACAUGCUGGAGGAAGAGGAAGAUGACACCAUCCACAUGGGGAAUGCCAUCAUGACCUUCUAUGCUGCUCUCAUUGACCUACUAGGUCGCUGCGCUCCUGAGAUGCAUUUGAUCCAUGCUGGUAAAGGGGAAGCGAUCCGUAUCAGGGCCAUUCUGAGGUCUCUCAUUCCCAUCGAAGACCUGGUGGGAGUGAUCAGCAUCCCAUUCUCAAUGCCCAACCUGGCUAAAGAUGGGAUGGUGGUGGAGCCAGACAUGUCGGCUGGUUUUUGUCCGGACCAUAAAGCAGCCAUGGUGCUGUUCCUGGACCGGGUCUAUGGUAUAGAAGACCAGAAUUUCCUACUCCACCUGCUGGAAGUCGGUUUCUUACCAGACCUGAGAGCUGCUGCCUCUCUGGACACUGUUGCUCUCAGUGCCACAGACAUGGCCCUGGCCCUCAACAGGUAUCUGUGUACAGCCGUGUUGCCUCUCCUGACUAAAUGCGCACCACUGUUUGCGGGGACAGAGCCGUUUGCCUCGCUGAUUGACUCCCUCCUUCACACGGUGUACCGCCUGUCCAAAGGCUGCUGCCUCACCAAGGCCCAGAGGGACGCCAUAGAGGAGUGUCUGCUGGCUGUUUGUGGUAAGCUGAGACCCUCCAUGAUGCAGCAUCUGCUGAGGAGGCUGGUGUUUGACGUCCCCCUCCUUAAUGAACACACCAAGAUGCCUCUGAAGCUGUUGACCAAUCACUAUGAGCGUUGUUGGAAGUAUUACUGCCUGGUUGGAGGCUGGGGCAACUUUGGAGCUGCAUCAGAUGAGGAACUUCACCUCUCCAGGAAACUGUUCUGGGGAAUAUUUGACGCCCUGUCAUACAAGCGCUAUGACCAGGAGCUGUUUAAGCUGGCGCUGCCAUGUCUCAGUGCUGUGGCGGGCGCCCUCCCUCCAGACUACAUGGAGUCUAACUACAUGGUCAUGAUGGAGAAACAGUCGUCCAUGGACUCAGAGGGAAACUUCACUCCUCAGCCUGCAGACACUUCCAACGUGACUGUCCCAGAGAAACUGGACUAUUUCAUCAGCAGAUAUGCAGAGCACAACCAUGAAAAGUGGUGCAUAGAAAAGUUUUCCAACGGCUGGUCGCACGGGGAUCAGCUAUGUGAAAUCAGCAAGAGCCACACUUUACUGAAACCAUACAAAGGCCUCUCUGAGAAGGAUAAAGAAUCCUACUGCUGGUCAGUCAAAGAGUCCCUGAUGACCAUGCUGUCGUGGGGCUGGAGCAUCGAGAGGAUCAGGGAGGGAGACCCCGCCAGCAUCCACAACAAGUCCCGGAGGAUAUCACAAGCCAGCCAGCUGUCUUUUGAAGGAAAUGCAGCUUUCAGCCCGAGACCCAUUGAUAUGAGUAAUGUAACACUGUCCAGAGACAUGCAGUCUAUGGCAGAGCUGCUGGCAGAGAAUUCUCAUAAUAUCUGGGCCAGGGAAAAGAAGACAGAGCUGGAAGCCAAAGGUGGAGGAAACCAUCCCCUUCUGGUUCCUUAUGAUACCCUGACUGCCAAAGAGAAAUCUAAAGACAGAGAAAAGGCACAAGACAUCCUCAAGUUCCUUCAGAUCAACGGCUACACUGUGUCCAGAGGUGUAAAGACCCAGGAGCUGGACACUCCAGCUAUAGAGAAACGAUUUGCCUACACCUUCCUCCAGCAGCUGAUCACAUACGUGGACCAGGCCCACCAACACAUGAUGGAGUUUGAUCUGGGAACAAGAGUGAAGGGAGAGAUUCCCCAUGAGCAGCAGAUUAAGUUCUUUGGAAAGGUUGUCUUGCCAUUGGUGGAUCAGUACUUUAAAAACCAUAGGCUGUACUUCCUGUCCACAGCCAUUCAUCCAAUCAGCAGUGGUGGCCACGCCUCCAACAAGGAGAAGGAGAUGGUGACCAGUCUUUUCUGCAAACUGGGAGUUCUUGUCAGACAUAGGAUAUCCUUGUUUGGUAACAAUGCCACAUCCAUCGUCAACUGUCUGCAGAUACUGGGACAAAGCCUGGAUGCCAGGACAGUGAUGAAGACUGGUCUGGAGUCAGUGAAGGUGGCCCUGCGGUCGUACUUUGACAGCGCGGCAGAGGAUCUGGAGAAGACACAGGAGAACCUCAAGCUGGGUCAGUUCACCCACAGCAGGGAGCAGCCACGAGGUGUCACUCAGAUCAUCAACUACACCACCUUCGCCCUGCUGCCUGUCCUGUCCUCCCUGUUCGAGCACAUCGGACAGAACAUGUUCGGAGAGGACCUCAUAUUGGAUGAUGUCCAGGUCUCCUGCUACAGAAUCCUCAACAGCCUUUACUUUCUGGGAACCAACAAAAGCAUCUAUGUAGAGAGACAGCGUCCAGCAUUAGGAAAGUGUCUCGCUGCCUUCUCAGCAGCCUUCCCCGUUGCUUUUCUUGAGCCACACAUCAACAAGUUCAACAGCUUCUCCAUCUACAACAGCAAAGGGACUAAAGGCAGAGGCGGUCACGCAGGUCACGUUGGGGAGGUGUGUGCUGUGAUCCCGAACUUAGACAAGUCCCUGGAGGAGAUCAUGGAGUUGGCAGAGUCUGGCAUGAGAUACACUCAGAUGCCCCAUGUCAUGGAGGUGGUGUUGCCCAUGUUGUGCAGCUACAUGUCUCACUGGUGGGAACAUGGACCGGAGAGCCACUCGGACAAAGCCAACAGCUGCUGCACCUCCGUGACCUCGGACCACAUGAACACUCUGCUGGGAAACAUUCUCAAGAUCAUCUACAAUAACCUGGGAAUAGAUGAGGGGGCCUGGAUGAAGAGACUGGCCGUUUUCUCUCAGCCGAUCAUCAGUAAAGCCAAAGCUCAGCUGCUCAAGACCCAUUUCCUGCCUCUGAUGGAGAAACUCAAAAAGAAAGCAGCAGUCGUGUUGAUGGAUGAGGAACACAGCAAAGCAGAGGGGAGGGGUGAGAUGUCAGAGACGGAGCUCCUCAUCAUGGACCAGUUCACCAUACUGGUCAGAGACCUGUACGCCUUCUACCCGCUCCUCAUCCGAUUUGUUGACUACAACAGGGCCAGAUGGCUGAAAGAGUCCAACCCAGAGGCAGAGGAGCUGUUCCGCAUGGUGGCCGAGGUUUUCAUCUUCUGGGCCAAGUCUCAUAACUUCAAGAGAGAGGAGCAGAACUUUGUGGUCCAGAAUGAAAUCAACAACAUGUCCUUCCUGAUCACUGACACCAAGUGUAAGAUGUCAAAGGGAAUAGUUUCAGACCAGGAGAGGAAGAAGAUGAAGAGGAAGGGAGAUCGAUACUCGAUGCAGACGAGUCUCAUCGUUGCUACUCUGAAGCGUCUGCUGCCUGUUGGGCUCAACAUCUGUGCCCCCGGAGAACAAGAGCUCAUCACACUGGCUAAAAACCGCUUCACCCAGAAAGAUACAGAGGAUGAAGUCAGAGAGAUCAUCAGGAACAAUCUCCAUCUACAAGGAAAGCUGGAGGACCCAGCGAUCCGAUGGCAGAUGGCUCUGUACAGGGACCUCCCUAAUCACUAUGAGGACACGUCCGACCCAGAGAAGACCGUGGAGAGAGUCCUGGACAUCGCUCAUGUCCUCUUCCACCUAGAUCAGGUGGAGCACCCUCAGCGCAGUAAGAAGGCAGUGUGGCACAAACUGCUGUCCAAACAGAGGAAGAGAGCAGUGGUCGCUUGCUUCAGGAUGGCACCACUCUAUAACCUGCCCAGGCACCGGGCUGUGAACUUGUUCCUGCAGGGCUAUGAGAAGUCCUGGAUCGAGGCAGAGGAACACUACUUUGAAGAUAAACUCAUCGAGGACCUCGCUAAACCAGGUGAACAAGAGCACUCUGAAGAGGAGGAAGGGGUGAAGCACAUUGAUCCUCUGCAUCAACUCAUUCAGCUGUUCAGCAGAACAGCCCUCACAGAGAAGUGUAAACUGGAUGAGGAUAUUCUUUACAUGGCCUACGCUGACAUCAUGGCUAAGAGUUGCCACGAUGAAGAGGAUGAAGAUGGUGAGGAAGUGAAGAGUUUUGAGGAGAAGGAGAUGGAGAAGCAGAAGCUGUUGUAUCAGCAGGCUCGUCUACAUGACCGAGGAGCUGCUGAGAUGGUGCUGCAAACCAUCAGUGCAAGCAAAGGUGAGAUGGGUCUCAUGGUGGCCUCUACUCUGAAGCUGGGCAUAGCUAUUCUAAACGGAGGAAACUCUACAGUGCAGCAGAAAAUGUUGGAUUACCUGAAAGAUAAGAAGGAUGUGGGCUUUUUUCAGAGUCUGGCUGGUCUCAUGCAGUCGUGCAGUGUUCUUGAUCUAAAUGCGUUUGAGAGGCAGAACAAAGCAGAAGGACUGGGGAUGGUGACAGAGGAGGGCUCAGGUGAGAAGGUCAUGCAGGAUGAUGAGUUCACCUGUGACCUUUUCCGCUUCCUGCAGCUGCUCUGUGAAGGACACAACUCAGACUUCCAGAACUACUUAAGGACACAAACAGGGAACAACACCACUGUCAACAUCAUCAUCUCUACUGUUGACUACCUCCUCAGAGUCCAGGAGUCUAUCAGUGAUUUCUACUGGUAUUAUUCCGGCAAAGAUGUUAUUGACGAGCAGGGCCAGAGGAAUUUCUCAAAGGCAAUUAAUGUGGCCAAGCAGGUGUUCAAUACCCUGACUGAGUACAUCCAGGGUCCGUGCACUGGCAACCAGCAGAGUUUGGCCCAUAGCCGUUUGUGGGAUGCUGUGGUUGGUUUUCUCCACGUCUUCGCUCAUAUGCAGAUGAAACUGUCUCAGGACUCCAGUCAGAUUGAGUUACUAAAGGAACUGAUGGACUUGCAGAAAGACAUGGUGGUCAUGCUGCUGUCUAUGCUGGAAGGUAAUGUGGUGAAUGGGACUAUCGGGAAGCAGAUGGUGGACAUGUUGGUAGAGUCCUCCAACAAUGUGGAGAUGAUCCUCAAGUUCUUUGACAUGUUCCUCAAGCUGAAAGAUCUGACCUCCUCGGAUGCCUUCAAGGAGUAUGACCCUGACGGAAAAGGUGUCAUCUCCAAGAGGGACUUCCAUAAGGCCAUGGAGAGCCACAAACACUACACCCAGUCGGAGACAGAGUUCCUGCUCUCCUGCGCUGAGACUGAUGAGAACGAACUCUUGGACUAUGAAGAAUUUGUGGAGCGCUUUCAUGAGCCAGCCAAGGACAUUGGCUUCAAUGUGGCGGUUUUGCUGACCAACCUGUCGGAGCACAUGCCUCAUGACACCCGGCUGCAGACCUUCUUGGAGCUGGCAGAGAGCGUCCUCAACUACUUCCAGCCCUACCUGGGCCGGAUCGAGAUCAUGGGCAGCGCCAAGCGCAUCGAGCGGGUCUACUUUGAGAUCAGCGAGUCCAGUCGAACACAGUGGGAGAAACCUCAGGUCAAAGAAUCCAAGCGUCAGUUCAUCUUUGACGUGGUGAACGAGGGAGGGGAGAAGGAGAAGAUGGAGCUGUUUGUGAAUUUCUGCGAAGACACCAUCUUUGAGAUGCAGCUGGCUGCUCAGAUGUCGGACGCUGGUGAGCGCUCAGCGGUGAAGGAGGAGAGUGAGCGGGAGAAACCGGAUGAGGAGAAUCCUGAGAUGGGCUUCUUCUCUGUUACCACAGUGUACAUGGCUCUGUUGGCUCUGCGAUACAACGUCAUGCUGCUGUUAAAGGUGCUGUCCAUGAAGAGCCUGAAGAAGCAGAUGAAGAGGAUAAAGAACAUGACUGUGAAGGACAUGGUGACCACCCUGGUCUCCUUGUAUUGGUCAGUGUUGCUGGGCCUUCUCCAUGUGGCGUUCAGUGUGGCCCGAGGAUUUUUCCGAAUCUUCUAUAACACCUUCAUGGGCGGCAAUCUGGUAGAAGGGGCCAAGACCAUAAAGGUGUCAGAGCUGCUGGCCAACAUGCCUGACCCCACCCAGGACGAAGUGCGGGGUGAAGGGGAGGACCGAGAGAAGAGACCCUCUGACCGCAGCUCCCCGAAAGAGGACCUGGCCGAUCUGGCAGUCAACACCAGUGAGACCGAGCUGCUGUCAGACAUUUUUGGUCUGGACUUAAGAAGGGAAGGUGGCCAAUACAAGAUCACCCCCCAUAACCCCAACGCCAGUCUGACUGAACUGCUCAACUCCCCGGUUCCCUCUCCAAACCCACCAACCCCACCCACACCACCUCCACCUGAGCUCAGGCGGAGGCAUCCGUCGCAGGGCUCUUCCUCUGACGAGAAGGAAGCAACACCGGACACUGAAUGUGAACCUGAUAAAACAGAAGCGGCUGCACACGUAGAGGAGCAGGAGAAGCAACAGAAGAAUGAGAAGAUGAAGCCAAAAGUAAGAAGGCAUCACACGUCAAGGUCUGAUGAGCCAGAUCUGCAGGAGUCUGCGUUCUUGAAGAAGAUCAUAGCCUACCAGAGGAAACUGCUGAACUACUUUGCCCGGAACUUCUACAACAUGAGGAUGUUGGCUCUGUUUGUAGCCUUUGCAAUCAACUUUAUCCUCUUAUUCUAUAAGGUGUCCACAUCCUCAUCUGUGGUUGAGGAAAGAGAGGUAACGUACACCAACAGCCAACCAGACAGCAGCGUUCAGUGGAAUCCACUGAGUGGAGAAGCAGUGGAGGUGAAGGAGGAGGUGGUGGAUGCGACUGGGGAGCCCCGAAAGCCUGUCACAGUCCACUUUGUCCUGGAGGAGAGCACCGGGUACAUGGAGCCCAUGUUACGGAUCCUGGCCAUCCUGCACACCGUCAUCUCUUUCUUCUGUAUUAUUGGAUACUACUGUCUGAAGGUGCCACUGGUGAUCUUUAAGCGAGAGAAGGAGGUGGCCAGGAAGCUGGAAUUUGACGGCCUUUAUAUCACGGAGCAACCGUCUGAAGACGACAUCAAGGGGCAGUGGGACAGACUGGUCAUCAACACACAAUCUUUCCCAAAUAACUACUGGGAUAAGUUUGUGAAGAGGAAGGUGAUGGAUAAAUAUGGGGAGUUUUACGGCCACGACCGCAUCAGUGAGCUGCUGGGAAUGGACAAGGCUGCACUCGACUUCAGUGACGCUCACAAAAAAAGGAAACCAAGGAGAGACAGCUCCCUGGCUGCUGUGCUGAACUCUAUUGAUGUCAAGUACCAGAUCUGGAAGCUGGGGGUUGUGUUCACAGACAAUUCCUUCCUGUACCUGGCCUGGUAUAUGACCAUGUCCAUCCUGGGUCACUACAACAACUUCUUCUUUGCUGCCCAUCUGCUCGACAUCGCCAUGGGUUUUAAGACACUUCGCACCAUCCUGUCCUCAGUCACACACAAUGGCAAACAGCUGGUGUUAACAGUCGGCCUGUUAGCAGUGGUCGUGUACCUUUACACAGUAGUGGCCUUCAACUUCUUCAGGAAGUUCUACAACAAGAGCGAAGACGGAGAACUGCCAGACAUGAAGUGUGACGACAUGCUGACAUGCUACAUGUUUCACAUGUACGUCGGUGUGAGAGCAGGCGGCGGGAUCGGUGACCAGAUUGAAGACCCCGCAGGUGAUGAGUACGAGAUCUAUCGCAUCAUCUUUGACAUCACCUUCUUCUUCUUUGUCAUUGUAAUCCUGCUGGCCAUCAUCCAGGGGUUGAUCAUUGAUGCAUUUGGAGAGCUGAGGGACCAGCAGGAACAAGUGAAAGAAGACAUGGAGACCAAAUGUUUUAUCUGUGGAAUAGGUAACGACUACUUUGACACAGUGCCGCACGGCUUUGAAACGCACACGCUACAGGAGCACAACUUAGCCAACUACUUAUUCUUUGUGAUGUAUCUCAUCAACAAAGAUGAAACAGAGCACACAGGCCAGGAGUCUUACGUAUGGAAGAUGUACCAGGAGCGUUGCUGGGAGUUUUUCCCUGCUGGGGACUGCUUCCGGAAACAGUAUGAGGAUCAGCUCAACUGAUCUGUUCCUGGAGCAACAGACCCUUCCCUUUCACACUGUCACCUGUUGGAGGUUCUCUAUCCUCCCUCUAAUUACCCUCAAACCUUUCACACUGCUCUCUGAGGAGUCCACGCUCUACCAGACGACAGGUUCUGCGCUCUGCUCCAUUUCCCAGUACAGGAGGGACUCCUCUGCAGGCCCCGCCCUAAAGCCUUCCUCCCAGCUCGUUCUCAUCCAGACAGUCAACUCUGCCAGCUCUGCCACCACUUUGUUUGGAAUGCUUCGAGGACUUUGUACAGAGAAAAUAUCAGAGUGUAUGCUGUACAAUAGUUUUUGACAUUUUUGCUUUAUCCUGUUCUUAUUUCACAGUAACAAGCAAAAAAAUACAGAGGAAUAAUGGAGCAAGGGAAAAGGGAGGGACCCGUAAAUGGACAGAGGAGAGUGGAAGCAGGAUAAAGGGAGCGUACUUCCUGAAAGACUUUCAGGACAGUGAUGGAUACACAAAGAGCAGACAUAAGAAGGUUGAUGUUUUGGAAUUUUCAUGUGUACAAUGCACGCUGCAUGUAGGCUCAGGCGGUGGACACACAUCUCUACAACCUGCUGUAAUCCAACACAACAGCUCGCCAACAAAUAGGACCUUUUAGAAGCUUCCAUGGCCAGAGGUUACGACAACGAAAUGAUGGUUUGAUUCAACUCUAUGGAAAGUGUUUAGGUUGCGGUACACGUGAGAGUUCCUUCUCAUAGGACUCAAAUCCACAAGUACCACAGAGUUUAAUCAACACAACUUGGGCUGUUGAACUGGACUGAGUUGAGGUAUAGAUUACAGAUGUUAAUACUGAGUCCACAGGCUGUACAUGCCAACACUGUGUGUGAAGGGCUUCUUAAGUAAGUGCUCGCGACAUGAUCAGCAAGUCCAUUUUGUUCCAGCUGAGGGACCUGGAACCUCAGCAUCACUGUUCUCCAUCAGCUCGCCAGUUACCUCCACCUUCUGUUUCACAGGUCAGAGAAAUGAAUAAAGGUCCCCCAAACUCUGCUUGUCAAUUGGUUGAAUCCAUUAUUAACAUCUUUGGGAUCCGCAGUCCAUCCCAGUCCAACGCACUAAUACCACCGUCCAGACAAACUUGGCUUUGUUCUGUCCAACUCUUCAGUGCUCGAGUUGUGGUGUGUAAAAAGACAUCAAGGUCUCCUGGUGCCACUGGUGGAAGACUGUCUCUUUUUUAAUGAAUGCUACUUAACUAGGGCUAGCUCAGUAUAUUUGUUAAUCAAAUGAUGUAGUUUUAUGAAAAGCAAUACCAAAGCUGCAAAAAAGGGAUUUGUCUGUUAAAAGCUGAAUUAUGAAGUUUGCACUUGCUUGUUAGUGGAGCAACUCUCACUCCUGCACAGCAAAGGCAGGCCGAAAGAUGGACGAUAGGUGAACAGGCGGAAGAAGAGGGGAAGGUUGAGACAGGAGGAUACAGUGCCUUACUAAGCCAGGAAUGAGCUAUGCACGCUGGAGGAGGAGAGAGUAAUGCUGGCUAGCUUCACAGAAAUACAGAAUAAAGCCCGGGAAGCUGGGCGAUGCCGCGUGGGAGCCCUAGAGAUGGAGGGAGGAUGGAGAGAGAAAUGUCCUCGUGACUCUCUUAUAGAAGACUAAAGGAAAAUGGCUGGCAUGUGCAAACUCGAGUAGAAAUAUCCAUGCGUGCUUUAGAGCUUUAUGAAUUGCAAAUGGAGUGUUACAAUUUUGUACAGCUCCAUAUGACUCAAUUCAUCAGUUUAAUGAUACUGUACUGUACUGAAGUCCCAUGUCAGCAGCACAUGGGGACAUCGAUCAGCAGGCGAGUGGCGUGUGUCACUAGUGUAGAAUCGGUUACAACUUCAGUACUGGCUUUGGCUACUGGUAUUUCUAACGUUUGGUCUACCUUCACAGAUAUGACUGGUGGACCAAUAUUAGAAAUAAUAAUAAAUAGAUUAAUAGACCAUAAACAACCUAAGGGGAUAUAUAUAUAUUACAGAGCUGUUGGAUCAGACUAAGAACAGGCUACGUGUAUGUGACGUGACUGUUCCAACAGCGUAACUGGUUUUCAUGACUCCAGUAUUCAUCGUUUCGUGAUGCUGCCAUGCCUCCAUUUUCAAGACGAAUCCUUCUUGUUAGCUUUGUUGAAGGACACACAUACAUUCUGUCUCAUGCAGUGCAGGAGAGACAACAUCGAGGUACAGACAUCCCAUCAUCCAUUAUCAGUAUGUGGGAUGGCACGAUCACUUAUUUCUAUUUUGUACUGUAACUGUCAGACCCUCACUGUAAAGCAGCAAAACGACGGGCACUGAUCAAAGUGAAGGGAAGGCACGAAUCUUUCAGAAGACAUUUCACAACUUGCAAAGUUUGGACCUUCCACGAUUUGGGUCAGAAUGCACAAAUAAAGAACAAACGGAGGAUCAUAUCAGAAAAGUAUUUAUUUAAAGCCGAAUCAUCAUUGGAAUGAUAGUUUAUUUCCUUUCUUCUUGUUUUAACUAAUUCAGUUACAGGAAGUGUGUUGAUUGAAUGUAUGUGCAGAGCUGGCAAAUGAUGUGCAAGAAACUUUUUAUAAUGACAAUUCUGUUCUUUUCUGUUUUUUUUUUCUUCUUCCUGUUCCGUUCUUUUUAAUGAUCGUAUGCAAUACAGCAAACAGAGUUACUCUUUUUCUAUGAACAUUCUCAAAAAACUAUCUCAGAAAAAAAAAUGCCAUUGCAUGUUUAUUAUGCGGGUUUAAUGAACAAGUAUAACAAUGACACUAAAUCUAUGUCACCCAUAAAUUGUUUAAUAGGAUUAUUUAAGAUGAAUUAAGAUUUCUGUGAUGUUGUAUUUAAGUGUUGUGGGCUUUACUGUAACUCUUCAACCCAUUUGCUGCAUCCCUCUGACAAAAAAAAAAGAGAGUGGCUCUUGCUUUUCUCUCAGUUAACAUCUCUGGUUAAAUAUACUCUGAGUAACAGGUUGGUUUAAGUAUCUUUUGGUUUGAAGCUGUUCACGGAGCGUACGGGACAUGACUGCAAACAAAGGCAAACAAGCUUGAAAUAAAAAGAGGUAUUUAUUCUUUUAUUAGCAAUUACUUUUUUAUUUUAUUUACAUAUGUAAUGGUAAGGAUAUAAAACUGAGGUUGUUCUGUUAAGUUAGUCCACCACUUAAUCUUAAAGGUGCAGUACUUGGUCAUGUUUUCCUGGCUCUUUGCACAGAACCGACCUGACAAAGACGCAGCUUUGCCUGAACGUUGUACGUCACGUUUCUGUCAGCGUGUAAACAGGCAGAGCCGGUGACACUUCUCGGCCUCAACAGACACUCUCACUCUCUAAAGUGAUCGUCGGUGAAGAGUGUACAAGGGGAAUUGAGCUUCAGAAUCGGAGAAAAAUCAAAUAGUAAACAGUGGGGUCAUUUUUCUUUAACCAGUAACCCAAAGUGUUGAAUGUUAAAGUCAGUAACACAUUGUGAAUUAAGUAUUUAUAUGAAUAAAUGCAGACAAAAUUUAUCAUAUGUAAUAAUAAAUACAUUUGGAAAAACUCAGCUUAUUAUUUUUGAAAUGCUUUUUCAGCCAGGGGCAGAGCCACUGCUCUGAUUGGCUGUAGCUCGUUCAGACUGCAGCUACAGCCAAUCACAAAAGUGGCUCUGCUCUUUGACAUUGUGGCUUCGUGAAAUAAAAUAGAUUGAAGUGCAAACUGCUGCGACACAAUAAAUGAUUCUCAUUGUAAUGAGCUGAGUUUUUUUUGUUAUUAUUAUUAUUUUACAAUUUCCUGUUUAUAUAUUCAGUCUGUAUCUGUCUAACCUGUAUUUCAUAAUGCCUGUAUUAAACACUGGACAUUUGGGCUCAUCAUAAUAACAACCCACUUAACAAGGAUCAGCUCUGACAUUUGUGAGGCGUUGUGAAGUAAAAUCUCACCUCACUCAGUUCCUACAUGACAUUAUGUCCGUAUUGUAAAUUAAAUCCCGUUAUACAGUCGAAAGAACUCAAAGAGACAGGGGGGGUCGAGCUGAUUGCACCUUUAUCAUUAGGUGAGGAUGCACGUGUGUUUUACAUGUUGCACCGAUGACUGUACACGUAUAAUAACACAGUGGAUGUUCGUCAUAUUCAACUAUGGGUGUUCUGUAUAAAGCAUUGCGCUCGUUAUACAAUGCCAAUGUCAUACCUAUGCUUUUUUAAUUGCUGGCCAUCACCAGACUGAAUAAUACCAUCACUUAGUGGUAUUUUGCUCAUGUAAAAACAAAUAAAUAUUUUCCAUAUUUACCACAGAGGGGGCAUGUUUAGUUUGCCACACAGUUGGCCGUCAUGUUGACCUUUUGAGACUUAAUGUGUAAAGAGGGACAGAGUCUAUGAGAAAUGAAUGGAUUUGCAUGAUUUUGAAAUAAAACUUUAUUAACUUGUGAA